GGCCUGCGAAGACAGGGAAGAUGCCAGAAGGCGAGAAAACGAGUCAGUGUAAGCAAGAGGAGCAGCAGCGGAAAGAAGAGGAGCAGGAGGGUCUCAUCGAAUUCUACGGUUCCUACCAGGAGCUUUUCCAGUUCUUCUGCAGCAACACCACCAUCCACGGGGCCAUCCGCCUGGUGUGCUCCAAAAAGAAUAAGAUGAAGACAGCCUUCUGGUCCGUCCUCUUCUUUCUCACCUUCGGCUUAAUGUACUGGCAGUUUGGGAUCCUCUACAGGGAGUACUUCAGCUAUCCCGUCAACCUCAACCUCAACCUCAACUCCGACAGGCUGACUUUCCCAGCCGUCACCCUGUGCACCCUCAACCCAUACAGGUACAGCGCCAUCCGGAAGAAGCUGGAUGAGCUGGAUCAAAUCACCCAUCAGACGCUGCUAGACCUUUACGACUACAACAUGUCUCUGGCACGGAGUGACUGGUCCGCGCCGUCUGCGCGGAAGCGCAGCUCAAGGAGCCUGCUCCACCACGUCCAGCGCCAUCCGCUGCGACGGCAGAAGCGGGAUAACCUAGUCAACUUGCCAGAGAACAGUCCCUCAGUGGACAAGAACGACUGGAAAAUUGGCUUUGUUCUGUGCAGUGAAAACAACAAGGACUGUUUCCAUCAGGCGUACUCCUCCGGGGUGGAUGCUGUGCGGGAAUGGUACAGCUUCCACUAUAUCAAUAUCCUGGCACAGAUGCCUGAUGCGAAAGCCCUGGAUGAGUCUGACUUUGAGAAUUUCAUCUAUGCUUGCCGCUUCAAUGAAGCAACAUGUGACAAGGCGAAUUACACCCACUUCCACCAUCCCCUGUACGGGAACUGCUAUACCUUUAAUGACAACAGCAGCAGCCUGUGGACGUCCUCGCUGCCUGGGAUCAAUAACGGUCUCUCUCUGGUGGUGCGCACCGAACAGAACGAUUUCAUCCCGCUCUUGUCCACGGUGACGGGAGCCAGGGUCAUGGUCCACGACCAGAACGAGCCGGCCUUCAUGGACGACGGGGGUUUCAACGUGCGCCCGGGCAUCGAGACCUCCAUCAGCAUGAGAAAGGAGAUGACCGUGCGCCUCGGGGGCAGUUACAGCGAUUGCACGGAGGAUGGCAGCGACGUGCCGGUGCCCAACCUGUACUCCUCCCGCUACACCGAACAGGUCUGCAUUCGCUCCUGCUUUCAGCUCAACAUGGUGGAGCGCUGUGGCUGCGGGUAUUACUUCUACCCCUUACCCGCCGGAGCGGAGUACUGCGACUACACGAAGCACAUCGCCUGGGGCUACUGCUAUUACAAACUCCUGGCUGAAUUCAAAGCUGACGUCUUGGGCUGUUUCCACAAAUGUCGGAAACCUUGCAAGAUGACAGAAUACCAGCUGUCAGCCGGAUACUCCCGCUGGCCUUCUGCUGUCUCAGAGGACUGGGUUUUUUACAUGCUUUCACAACAGAACAAAUACAAUAUCACAUCCAAGAGGAAUGGAGUUGCCAAAGUGAAUAUCUUUUUUGAGGAGUGGAACUACAAGACCAGCGGGGAGUCUCCAGCCUUCACGGUAGUUACUCUGCUCUCCCAGCUUGGGAACCAGUGGAGUCUCUGGUUUGGAUCCUCUGUCCUGUCUGUGAUGGAGCUUGCAGAGCUGAUUCUGGAUUUCACUGCCAUCACCCUUAUCCUGGCCAUGCGGUGGUUCCGUUCCCGGCAGCAGCUCUCUCCACUGGGAGCCCCUCCAAGCAGUCAGGAUAACACCGCUUUCCAGGAUGAGCUGCCAGGUCUCGGCGCUCCGCACCGCUUCACUGUCGAAGCUGUAGUGACUACGCUGCCAUCCUACAACAGCCUGGAACCACGUGGGGCGAGCAGGGAUGGUGAGGCGGGACACGAGUGA